AUGGAAACGGCCUCGUCGUCUAACUUCACUCUCUCCCAUAUCCUCAACACGGAGGAACCGUACAGCUCACUCAUGCUCGCCGUGGCUGGUGUCCUCGCCGUCCUCUGUUACUUCUGGAUUCAGGGCAAGUCCAAUUCCAAAAAGGAACCACCGUUGCCUCCGGGACCAUGGCCACUUCCGAUCGUCGGAAACCUCCCUUUCCUAAACUCCGAAAUCCUCCACACUCAAUUCCAAGCCCUAACCAUAAAACACGGUCCUCUCAUGAAGAUCCACCUCGGAUCAAAGCUCGCAAUCGUUGUCUCUUCACCGGACAUGGCUCGUGAGGUUCUUAAAACCCACGACAUCACUUUCGCCAACCACGACCUCCCUGAAGUCGGAAAGAUCAACACUUACGGUGGUGAAGACAUCCUCUGGUCUCCUUACGGUACUCAUUGGAGGAGACUUCGUAAGCUCUGCGUCAUGAAGAUGUUCACUACACCAACACUCGAAGCUUCUUACUCCACUCGCCGUGAAGAGACAAGACAAACUGUUGUGUACAUGUCGGAAAUGGCUCGUGAAGGAGCUCCGGUCAACCUCGGAGAGCAAAUCUUUCUUUCGAUUUUCAACGUUGUUACAAGAAUGAUGUGGGGUGCGACUGUUGAAGGAGAGGAGAGAACAAGCUUGGGAAACGAGCUCAAAACCCUAAUCUCUGAUAUCUCAGAUAUCGAAGGGAUUCAAAACUACUCUGAUUUCUUUCCCUUGUUCGCAAGAUUUGAUUUUCAAGGUUUGGUUAAGCAAAUGAAAGUCAAUGUGAAGAAGCUCGAUCUUUUGUUCGAUAGAGUUAUGGAGAGUCAUGUCAAGAUGGUUGGUAAGAAAAGCGAAGAUGAAGAAGAUUUCUUGCAAUACUUGCUUAGAGUUAAAGAUGACGAUGAGAAAGCUCCUCUCUCCAUGACUCAUGUCAAGUCUCUACUCAUGGAUAUGGUUCUUGGUGGUGUAGACACAUCGGUGAACGCAUCGGAAUUCGCCAUGGCAGAGAUCGUAAGUAGACCGGAAGUGUUAAAGAAAAUCCGACAAGAAUUGGAUCAAAUUGUUGGCCAAGACAAGAUUGUUGAAGAAUCACAUUUGCCUAAGCUUCCUUAUCUACAAGCUGUCAUGAAAGAGACUCUUAGGCUACAUCCUACGCUUCCUCUUCUUGUCCCUCACCGAAACAGCGAAACCUCGGUGGUUGCCGGAUACACUGUGCCUAAAGACUCCAAGAUUUUCAUCAAUGUUUGGGCGAUUCAUAGAGAUCCUAAGCAUUGGGAUGAUCCAAACGAGUUUAAACCGGAAAGGUUUUUCGAGAACUCGCUUGAUUUCAAUGGAGGUGAUUUUAAGUAUUUGCCUUUUGGAUCCGGGAGGAGGAUUUGCGCCGCGAUUAACAUGGCCGAGAGGCUUGUUCUCUUCAACAUUGCCUCACUUAUCCAUUCUUUUGAUUGGAAAGCUCCUAAAGGACAGAAGUUUGAGAUUGAAGAGAAGUUUGGGCUUGUUCUUAAGUUGAAGUCUCCACUUGUAGCUAUUCCUGUUCCAAGGCUGUCUGAUCCGAAACUCUAUGCAGCUUAA